AUGGAGAAUGGGAGUGAGACUCAAGUCUUAGGAGAAGGCCAAAUAAAACUGGAAUUGUCUUCUGGAAAUUUUCUUGUAUUAGAUGGAGUCUUUCAUGAUCCUUUUAUUAGGAAAAAUUUAAUUAGUGCUAUGAUUUCUGUUGAUGCUCCAUUUUGGAAAGAAGCAAUUAAGGGUGAGAUGGAUUCUCUUACUUCUAAUAAAACUUGGGUUUUAUCUGAUCUUCCACCUGGUCGCAAAACAAUAGGGUGUAAAUGGGUUUUUAAGAAAAAAUUAAGGGCUGAUGGUUCCAUAGAAAAAUUUAAAGCUAGGCUUUUGAUUGCUUUAUCUUCUAUCUAUAAGCUAGAUAUUCAUCAAAUGGAUGUGAAGACAACCUUUUUAAAUGUAAUGGAAGGUUAUAGUGAUGUCAAUUGGAUUUCUGAUUCAGAAGAAACUAAAUCAACUAGUGGUUAUGUUUUUACCAUUAGCAAUGGUGCAGUCUCAUGGAAGGCAGAGGAGACAGACCUAAAAGCCUUGAUUGGAUUCCAGGCCAAACUAACCCACGAUCCUCUUGGGAUCACGAACUCCUGGAAUCAUAGCAUCCACUUCUGUGAGUGGCCUGGUGUUAAAUGCCGCCGUGUCAGUGCAGGCAUCGUGAGGGUCGCGACCUUGUACCGGCCCUCUGUCAACCUUGUAGGUUCCAUAUCACCGCAUAUUGGCAACUUGAGCUUCCUGAGUUAUCUGAAUCUGGCAAAUAAUAGCUUUGGCGGAGAAAUCCCUGAGGAAAUCCGCGGUCUGCGUAGAUUGAAGAUUUUAAUUCUGGACAGGAAUCUGCUUCAUGGUCCACUUCAAGUACCACCAUCUUCCACAACAUUUUUGUCCCUUGCAGACAACAAUUUUUCUGGAGAGAUUCCUUCCUCGAUAUGCAGGUUAAUUUCUCUGCAGCAUCUUUAUUUGUCUAAAAAAAAUGUAAGUGGAACUAUUCCAAAAUGCUUUGGAAACUUUAGAAAUCUCUCUGUCUUGGAUUUGGGAAACAAUAAUUUACAUGGUAGCAUACCAGCAACAUUUGUGAAGGGUAACAGCUUGAGUCGUCUUGACUUGAAUGGCAAUCAAUUGGAAGGGCCAUUACCAAGAUCUUUGUUUAAUUGUAGCAAGUUAGUAACUUUGAACUUAGGGAACAACAGGAUAAAUGGAUCUUUUCCCUACUGGUUGGAAAAUCUUGCAGAGUUACGAGUUCUUGUUCUGCGAUGCAACAGAUUCUCUGGUCCCAUACCAACCUCAAAAGCUCGAUUUUCUUUCCCUCGCUUGUUAGUAAUUGAACUCUCCCACAAUGACUUCACAGGUCCUUUGCCAGCCAGAUACUUUCAGCAAUUCCAAGCCAUGAUGAAAGAGAACACCUCUGAAUAUUAUGAGGUUCAUAUGACAAUCAUAAUCAAAGGGGAUGAUUUUGAGGUGACCAAGUCCUUGAUAUAUUUGCAAUGA